AUGACAGAAGACGUCACGAUACAUUUUCGAGUGCAAUUUGACGACAUACGAGAAUGGGAGCACAUGCAUGUCGUCGGAGACCAUCCGGCCUUAGGGGAUUGGAUGCCUCAGAAGUCUUUCGCUCUAAAGCCAGAAUCAGAAGACAGGUACUGAAAUCUGAUGUCGAAAAAGAAAUGAAGGUUUCCGAAUAUAGUGCGAAGUAUAUUUGACUAGGGAAAACACUGCGUAAUCAUUGAAAUGAGAUCUAAAAAUCAUCCGAAAGUUUCCAGAAAGAUCUGGGGCGGAUAUCUCAAAGUGGCUAAAAGCAUGUCUCACAUUAGUUUCCGGUACAUUUCCGUUUACUUUUUGGAUCCAGCUGAAACAUCAGAAUCAUCUUCUCCUGUUCUGAUCCUAUCAAGGUUUAGAAACCCGGAAGAAAGAGAAAAUUUUCUCUUUUUGCAGAUGGGAGACGUUUCUCGCUUCUAGACAUUGUAUCCUAGACGUAGAGCACACAAAUGGACAUGCUAGGAAGGAGAAAAUCGAUAUUUUCGGAGAAUACGGUACGAUAGAAGUUUCUUCAAAUGGCAAAAAGCUUUGGAAUAUGGUCAUUUGGGAACUGGAUUUGAAAAAAAGGUUGACAAAAAUGAACUUCUAGGUUUUUGAAAAUUUUCGCUUGCAAGAAACCAUUAUUAUACGAAAAAAAACCAAAGUAUUCAAAGUGUAGACCUUAUUUUCUCAGCCCAAAUAUCGCCUAAAUGACUGAAAAAUUUUCAGACCCAAAAAAUCAACACAAAAUUUCCAGUUCUCAGUAAACCGUUAGUUUAGGCGGAAAAGUCCAAAUAUCUGACGGCUGGAUUUUGAACGACAACGAACACGUGGUCUUUUUCCGGAUUCACGGAGAAGUAGCUCAUAUCUGAAAAUCUUUUCGAAACCCGAAUCUUCAGGCCUUGAAGCUAUUCAGUCCCCUGGACAGGAAGAAAACGCUCCGCGUCAAAGUUGUUCCUUUCGAUGUCAGAUUUCGAGAUGUAAGUACAAUUUUCGAAUAUAUUUUCUUCAAAUUGAAUAUUUUCAAUCUGAACAAACGGACAUUGCAGAUGUUUACCUAUAGCAAAAAUUCCUCAGAACGUCGGGCCAUUUGGCGGCACUCAUCAGUGUACGCCUCUGUUUCUGUGGGUACUAUGUUAGAUGUGUCGUGGCGCGUUCUAGUUUCUGGCUACCUCAAAAACGUUGCUUUUUUGUGUUCUGAUUGAUGUUGUGAAGUUUGAAGUUUGACGGAAUUGUGGAGACAACUGCAAUUAUCGCGUUAAUCGAUCAAAGUUGUUCUUUUGGUGGGACGAAGAACCCAAUAUGUAGAAAAAAAAACUGAUUUUCAAAUCAGAUCAGUAAAAAGACCGAAGAGCUUGAUUUUUGAGGAUAAACUGGCAAGAGAGUCACGAAUUCUAUUAUAACUAUAUCUGUAAAAAAAUUGAAUUCAAAAAAUAUUUUUUGAAUUUGAAGGCCCUUUGUGAAAUGGUUGAAAACAAAGAAUUUGAAAAAAAAAACUUUUUUUUGUAUAUGAAUCUGACUUCGUAACUGGCGCUUUUUGCUUUUUUUCUUUCCUUUGAAUUGAUUUUGACCUCAGUUUUCGUAUCGUUCUAAUAUACUUGAUACUAAAAAAAGUGAGAAAAAAAUAGAACAAAUUCCUAUUUUAAGUCUAUUUUGAUAGGAUAAACUCUAAAGCUUGCAGCUUGCUUUUAUCCUUUUUUUUAUGAUCAAAACCUUUGUGGCUUCUCAAUUUUUCGCUUUUCAAUCAAAAUUUUCAUAUUAAAAUUUUCAUAUUUACAGAAAGAUGUAGAUGAGAACGAUCCUGGAAGAACGCCAGAACUGCCAAGUUUUUCGAACACCGAUCUUUCGGUAAUUAUAGCUUAGGGAAAAUUCAUGUCAUUUCUUAAUUUUCAAGGUCUUAACCAGAGAAGAUCCGAUUUACGGCGACCAGUACUCGAAUGGCUCUGUUUUCCGGAACAAUGUGGACUACUUGGUGUUCCGAACGAGGACUGUUGCAUUAUCUGCUUUCGUAAUCAAUAUGAUCUCGAAUUAGCCUUAAUGGAUGAUUUAGGCUUUACGGAUUGAACUAUAUGAGGACAAAAAAAGAUACGCUCUUGCCUACACCUUGCCAACGACUUUUCCCGAAACUCAUGGCACAUCUACCGUAAUUCUCGUAGGGUUAAACCAAGCACCCGUCGGGCAGAUGGAUCGUGAGCAAAGCCUCUAUUCCCAGUCAUCGAGACUUUUUUUGUAGUUGAUUACAUGAUAGCGAAAAGGUGCCCUAAAGCCAAAUCCUUUACCGCGAUCGACACUAUGCAAAAGUCUUUUGGACGGUACUGGCGUAGGAGAAAUCGUAUAUUGGAAAUCGGACAUCGCGGCAUGGGCAGCUCCUAUACAAAGUGAGUUCGAGAAAAAGAUUUUGUUUCACUUUUGAUUUGUAGAGAGACGAGUGCGAGAGAGAAUACGAUUUUUUCAUUGAAUGAAGCGGCUCGUCGAGGUGCUGACUAUGUAGAGCUGGACGUACAAAUCACGAAGGUAUAGCUUACAAGUUUCAUGGUUCUCAAAAAAACUUUUAAAAAAAAUUGACAAAAAAAUCUCAUAAAAUGAAAAAUUUGAGACAGUUUUUUUCCAAAUAUUAAAAAAAUUUCGCUUCGUUUGAGACUUCUGUAACCUUUAUGUGAAAUGUUUUCAAAGAUUUAGGAUUUUUUCAGAAAAAAAAGAAAAUGAAAAAGAACCGGCAUUGAAAAGUUUUCAUCAUCCAUUUUCAAGGACUUGAAAACGGUCGUCUACCAUGAUUUCCACGUUUUGGUCCACGUCGCAGGCAGAGAAUCUCCAUCAGGCUCACCUACUAUUUCAAAAGAAUUGAACAUGGCGUUUCAUCAAAUCGCAAUCAAGGUUUCUAAACAGCUUCACUAGAAAAAAAAGAAUGGUUUUUCUUAGGAUCUGACAUUGGAGCAGCUAAACAUGCUUCAUUUGGAGCACAUUUCUCGAGCAGCUUGUGAAGAAAUCGAAAACGCUGGCUUACCCGUUACUCCAGCAAAAGAUGAAACAAACGAGCUGCAUGUCCCUUUUCCCUCGAUUGGCCAAGUCCUCAGAAAUGUUCACCCAGAUGUCGGUCUGAACAUUGAGAUUAAAUAUCCGAUGUUCAUGAAGGUAUUCUGGAGAGCUUUGUCAGUAUUUCAAGUGAAUUUCAGGACGGAAGCCAUGAGUGUGAAGGAUAUUUUGAGCAGAACAAGUUCGUGGAUAUCAUUCUUAACGAAGUCGCAGAGUUCGCAGGAGAGCGCAGAAUCGUUUUCUCUUGCUUCGAUCCAGACAUCUGCACUUUGUAAGCCUUUAUUUUUAGUUCUCAGAUGGAAGUGCGGAAGCUUCUGCUUUCGGUUCCUUGAAAGACGUUUGGAAGCUUUCCAGCAAGUGAUUGAACGCAUUCCAAAUAGCUUUCCAGCAUUCUAAACUUGAAAAAAUCUGCCGGAAACCUUCCAGAUGCUUUCCAGCAGGCUUCUGGAAGGCUUCUGGCAGGCAUUUUCCAAUUUCACCUUCCAAAUAUCUCUGCCUGACUUAGCAACAUGAGUUUUUCAGGAUCAACCAAAAGCAACACAAAUAUCCAGUCGUUUUCCUUGUUGUGGGGGCUACAAUGAGAUACACUCCUUUCAAAGUAAAAUCUUCCGAAAAUAAUAUUUGUUUAAAUGGGACUUUUCAGGAUGUUCGAUCUGACUGCAGUCGGAUCGCGGCCAACUUUGCUGCCGGUUCUCAGCUUCUCGGGGUCAACUUCCAUAGUGAAGAGCUUCUUAAUGUGAGAUAGAUGCUCUGUGAUUUGUAAAAAAAACAUUUAUUUCAAGGACCGUACACCGAUCAACAUUGCUGACCGUUAUAAAUUGGUGAAGUUUGUUUGGGGAGACGAUCUCAACGACAAGAAGAUCCAAAAAUAUUUUAAAGAAGAGAUGAACGUGGACGGAAUCAUCUUUGAUAGGUAUUUUUUGAGUCAAUAGUUUAGAUAAUUGAUAUUAACGCUUCAGAAUCGGCGAAGAAGAAAGCAAGCAGAAUAUUUUCAUCGUCGAAAAUCGGAACAAAAACUCACUUUUUGUCGCCAAACAUGGAAGAUCCCCAUCCCCGUCUCGUCGCUGCUUCUCCCUCGAUCAAGGACAAUGA